ACACGAGUGAGCAUAGCGUGACGUGCGUAUAUAAUGCUUACGAAAGGGGUUGAAGAAGGGCAAAGAGUGUUUCGCUUCACCACACAGACAUGGCGGCAGAGAACGUAGCAGCUGAUUUACCAGUCAAGAGGCAGCGAGAAGAAGAAGAAGAAGACCAACAAAAUGGCCUCUCUCAGAACGAUUCUUCCACGCCUCAAGGGCUAUCUGCUGUUAUUCCUGGAUGGUUCUCUGAAAUUAGCCCAAUGUGGCCUGGGGAAGCACACUCCUUGAAGGUGGAAAAGAUUUUGUUUCAAGGAAAGUCUGAUUAUCAGAAUGUCAUGGUCUUCCAGUCAUCCACGUAUGGCAAGGUUCUUGUUUUGGAUGGAGUCAUUCAGCUCACAGAAAGGGAUGAGUGUGCCUACCAAGAGAUGAUCACUCAUCUUCCUCUCUGUUCUAUUCCAAAUCCCAAAAAGGUUUUGGUUAUUGGUGGAGGAGAUGGUGGAGUCCUGCGGGAAGUAUCACGUCAUUCGUCAGUAGAAAAGAUCGACAUUUGUGAAAUAGACAAGAUGGUUGUUGAUGUCUCCAAAGAGUUUUUCCCUGAUAUUGCUGUAGGUUUUGAGGACCCACGUGUCUCCCUUCAUAUCGGUGAUGGAGUUGCAUUUUUGAAGGCAGCUCCAGAAGGAUCUUAUGAUGCAGUAAUAGUGGAUUCAUCCGACCCUAUAGGUCCUGCUCAAGAGCUUUUUGAAAAGCCUUUCUUUUCAUCGGUUGCAAGGGCUCUUCGUCCUGGAGGUGUUGUGUGUACUCAAGCAGAAAGUAUAUGGCUCCAUAUGCAUAUCAUUGAGGACAUUGUGGCAAACUGUCGCCAGAUAUUCAAAGGUUCUGUCAACUAUGCUUGGACCACCGUUCCCACAUACCCAAGUGGGAUGAUUGGUUUUAUGCUUUGCUCAACUGAGGGUCCUUCUGUUGAUUUCAAGCAUCCAGUGAAUCCUAUAGAUGAGGAUGAUAGUCAGCAGUCAGCAAGACCAUUGAAAUUUUACAACCGUGAGAUUCAUUCAGCUGCUUUCUGUUUGCCAUCUUUUGCUAAGAGAGCUAUUGGUGCUAAAGCAAAUUGAGAAUGUUUUCAUGGGAUUGAAGGAGCACCAUGGCUGUUAGGCAUUUAUCCUUAAAUGGAUUGAUCCAUCUAUCAAUGAACCGUGAAAUAAGUUAGAGCUUCAUGCUGACAUUGAAGAGUAACUUCUAUUUCAUGUAAUGAGUUGUAGAUGAUGGAUUCAGUCGUUAGUAACUCCCAAAAAAUUUCUUGAACUUUUUGUUUUAUGCGAAUCAUUGCCUUUUAUCUAUCCGAGACUGAAAUUUGGUCUUUUAUUUUGA